UUUGCGACCGCUUAUUGGGAUGCGGAUGAAGCCAUUAUUUGAAGUGAUGGCAACAUCGCCACUAAACCCCCGCCCUUCCCGCACGAUCUCAGUGGAGAUGAGAUGUCAGUGACGGUCAUCAUACAUAACAGUCCGCGCCUGCACUAAUGGCGUACGAUAAGCCAGAUGCCUCCGACUUCGAUCAUCAUGCCAUCUACAAAGCGCCCGAAUUUUCUGAUCAUUGUUGCUGAUGACCUCGGGUUUAGCGACACCUCCCCUUUCGGAGGGGAGAUUCACACGCCCAACCUCCACCAGCUGGCACAGGAAGGUCUGCGGAUGACCGACUUUCACACCGCAGCGUCAUGCUCGCCAACUCGCGCGAUGCUUCUUUCAGGCACCGACGCUCACAUCGCCGGACUCGGGGUCAUGGCUGAGCGACGGAACCGGUUUCCUCAUAUCUUCGAUGGGCAGACAGGCUACGAGGGCUACCUGAAUUACAAGGUGGCCGCAUUGCCUGAGAUAUUGCAGGAUAACGGAUACUUUACAUGCAUGUCCGGGAAAUGGCAUCUUGGUCUCACUCAGGAUGUGGCGCCCUGCUCUCGAGGCUUCAGUAAAGUCUUUGCCACCUUGCCUGGCGCCGGCAAUCACUUCAACCACGAACCGCAACUCUACGACACAACAGAGAAACCACGGGUCAUCUUCAGGGACAAGGAGGGACUGUGGAUGCGCGACGAUAAGUUCAUCAACGGCGCAACGGAUUUACCCGAAGACUUCUAUUCCUCAAAUACCUUCACCGAUAAUCUAUUGUCGAUCCUGGGAAAUCGGACAGAGAUGCAGAGAGAGCAGCCGUUCUUCUCUUAUCUCGCCUUCACAGCGCCGCAUUGGCCGUUGCAGGCGCCGCAAGACACAAUCCGGAAGUACAAGGGCUGGUACGACGACGGGCCGCUUGCUCUGCGAAGUCGUCGAUUGAAGAGCCUGAUCAAAAAUGGUCUGGUACCAGAGGGGGUCGAUCCGGCUCCAAUCAUCACGCUGGGGACUACCCCUUGGGACGAACUCACUGACGAAGAGCGGCGGAUGUCGAGUCGGACGAUGGAGAUUUAUGCCGCCAUGGUUGAUGUGAUGGAUGAAAAUAUUGGGCGGGUGCGACAGUACCUAGAGUCGACCGGGGAGUGGGACGAUACCUUCCUGAUUUUCAUGUCCGACAAUGGGGCCGAGGGACAGCUGCUGGAGGCUAUUCCGGUCAUGGCCGGGAAGACAGUGGGGGAUGUGAUCGAACAAUACUAUGAUAACUCUUUGGAGAAUCUGGGCAAUCACGAUUCAUUUGUAUGGUAUGGACCGCAGUGGGCGUCGGCGGCCACAGCACCGUGCAGAGCCACCAAGUCUUUCACCACAGAGGGUGGUAUUCGCUGCCCGUGCAUCGUGCGGUAUCCGUCGAUGAUGAAUAUGGAGCCGGGGGCUAUCACGGAAACGUUUACCACGGUUAUGGAUGUGCUUCCGACCGUGCUGGAUCUUGCGGGGUUGCACCACCCAGGCACAGAUUUUCGGGGAAGAGAGGUAGCCCUCCCAAGAGGACAUUCCUGGCGCCCGCUCUUGGAGUCAGAUGAUGGGAGGGUUGAUCUGUACGAGUCCGAUGUCGUGGGAUGGGAACAGCUGGGCAUAGCCGCUGUCCGUGUCGGUCACUGGAAGGCCGUGUUUCUCCCUCCACCACGCGGAGAGGGAAAGUGGGAGCUGUACGAUCUGUCUACUGAUCUGGGUGAAGUGCAUGAUCUGGCGGACAGCCAUCCGGAAAAGCUUGGGGAAAUGAUCGCACAUUAUGAAGUGUACUUUCAGAAUUCGGGGAUGUUUGAUGCGUAUUCUUUGUUCCAGGAAGAACUAAAGAAAAACGGCUCAAAGAGGAAUUGGUGAUGUGAUGCUCGGUGGACAUCAUCUAAGGGUGAAAUACAAGUAGAAUGCACACCUACGCCUCUGUUCCUAUCAGAUGUCUCCACAUUCUCCACAUCAACUACAGUCUACAGGUCCAUGGCGCACUGACGCCUUUGUGGCUCUCGGUUGCGCCAUCGCCUCCACCAAUCCGCAAAAGAACCCCAAGUACUCCGCAUCUGAGGUGGAUUGGUGCUCAAGGGCACCUACGAGGUGCGAUGUGACUCUCUUUUCACACUCAUGGCGACCUCUUUGACUCGACCGCGCUCGGAUCCGUGCUUCC